UCAUUCCCGUCCCCAACAAUCGUUUCUUUCCUCUUUCUCUCCUCUCUCUCUUUUUCUCGUCGUUGUCGUCGUCUUCCUUUUCCUGCCCAAUCGCUUGGCGUGCUCAUGGCCUUCUUCUCCCACCACCACCUUCAACAGCCGCAGCCUCCGGCGCAGCAGCAGCAGCAGCAACAGCUGGGAAUCCCAUUCAGGAAUUUCGUGCCGAUCAAUGGCCAAAUCUCCGCUCCUGUCGAUUUCAGCUCCGCUGCCUUAGCCGAUCCUACCCAUCACGCUGUCGGCCGUGUUAUGGGCCUCGCCCCAGGCGCUGGGACGGUGGUGGAUGGAGGAUCGAACGGCUGGGAGCCCAUGAGGAAGCGGAUCAAGGAGCAGGAUCUUCUGGAGAACUCCCAGAUAUCAUCCAUUGAUUUCCUUCAUACCGGGUCGGUGUCCACGGGAUUAGGUCUCUCGCUUGAUGAUCGGAGAAUUGCGGCUUCGUCUGGGGAGUCACAGCUUCUACUUCUCCCGACCUUCGACCAGGACAUCAAUCGCGAGAUGCAAAGAAUGGAUGCAGAUAUGGAUCAGUUCAUCAAGCUUGAGGGUGAGCGUCUGAAGAAAUCAAUAAUGGAGAAGCUUCAGAUGAAACAAUUUCAAACUCUAGCUUCAUUGGAGGAGAAGAUCCGGAGGAAGGUAAGAGAGAAAGAAUCAGAAAUGGACGGCAUAAACAAGAGGAACGCAGAGCUCGAGGAACAGUUGAAGCAGUUGGCCCUGGAAGCAAGCACAUGGCAGCAAAGGGCAAAGUACAAUGAGAGCUUGAUAAAUUCCCUCAAAUAUAAUCUCGAGCAACUAUACGCUCAGAGAAAAGACACAAAGGAAGGGUGUGGAGAUAGCGAGGUCGAUGAUGCAGCCUCGUGUUGCAACGGGGACAUGGGUUUGCAAUUGAUGUUGAAGCAGGACAACGAUAUGGAGUCUAAGGUGUGUAAGGUGUGCGGCACAAAUGACAUUUGCAUGCUUUUAUUGCCCUGCCGGCACCUAUGCCUCUGCAAAGAAUGUGAAGGCAAGCUUAGUUUCUGCCCAUUGUGUCGCGCCUCUAAAUUGAUUGGCAUGGAGAUCUAUAUGUGAUCAAAGGCCUCCUGGAGAUGCUACCCACCUUGUCUGCAAUAGUUGUGAAUAUCUCCAUCUCCCAAAUUAAAAGGACAACGAUAAAUCAGACUUUUAUGCUCUGUUGUAUUUAAAUAUGUUACUGUGGUGUGUUUCGUUAGAGUCGAACUGCGUCAUUUAGUCUUGCAUAUCAAACUUGAGAUAGAAAAUUCUGAUGUUUCUUCGGAUGUGUUCUUUA